CUUCUAAACCAAACACGACGGGACUGUGCGCUCAGCAGUCCUCUGUACAACAGGCCUGUUUGUUUUUCCAAUCAGUGUUUUGUUGGCUUUCUUCAUCAACAAUACCUAGUGUAAAUGUGUGCAAGAUACCUGUUGGCAAAUUACAGUUUUUAAUUAUUAAUUUUAUUAGUGAAGUGAUCGAACAACUGUUUUAGUGUUAUGAAUUAAGUUUUAGUGUUAAUAAUGACAAUGAUGCCACAAAAGUUAUACCCUGAGCCGACGAUUACGAGUUCUAUGAGUACGGCGGGAAAUUCAAUGUCGCCGAUGCCGCCGACGUACAGUAUGAAUUCGAUGGGUUGUGUUCCCAUGGGCAUGAACGCCGGAUCGCCGACGGCCAGUUUUGGUGCUAAUAUGUUGGGUUCCACAAUGGGCAGCAUGGGUUCUAUGGGUUCGAUGGCUGGAAUGAACGGAAAUUGCAUGUCUGGUACCGGAAUGGGCUACGGAUCUCCGAUGGUAAAUAUGACAUCGUGCCUGACACCCGGCAUGGGCAGCGGAUAUAACGGCGGACCCAUGAGCGGAGGUCGCGCGGACGGCGAUGCGGCUUCACCGAAUUCAGCGGCUAUGCAACGUGCCAGGACAGAUAAACCUUACAGAAGAAGUUAUACACAUGCAAAACCGCCAUACUCAUACAUAUCUUUAAUAACGAUGGCUAUACAAAAUUGUCCGACGCGCAUGCUAACGCUAAGCGAAAUUUAUCAAUUCAUUAUGGAUCUGUUUCCGUUUUAUAGACAAAAUCAGCAACGUUGGCAAAACUCUAUUAGACAUUCUUUGUCAUUUAAUGACUGUUUUGUGAAAGUGCCACGAACGCCUGAUAAGCCUGGCAAAGGAUCAUUUUGGACUUUGCAUCCGGAUUCUGGAAACAUGUUUGAAAACGGUUGCUAUUUGAGGCGGCAAAAGCGUUUCAAAGAUGAUAAGAAAGAAACGAUUCGUCAAUCACACAAAUCGCCAUCGCAUAUGGACGGAGUAGACAAAAAAUCGUUAUUGCAGCAAGAUGAUCGCGAUAAAUCAGUGGACGCUCAGCAUUUAAGUGGCAUGCUUGGUUCAGUACCAGGGAAAGGUGAUACAGAUGGUUUAGGUUUGCUACAUGCCGGCGCGGAUUUAUGUUUACAAAACCAACAUCAUUCUCAAUUGCAUCACUCUCAACACCAUCAUCAACAAUUACAGCAAGAAGAACUUUCAGCGAUGGUGAAUCGAUGUCACACAACAGCACUGUCAUUAGCAGAUUAUCAUCCGAUGCAUUUGAAACAGGAACCGACAGGAUAUACGCCUUCGAAUCAUCCAUUUUCGAUAACGCGACUUUUGCCGGCGGAGAGCAAAGCCGAUAUUAAAAUGUAUGACAUGAGUCAAUAUGCAGGAUAUAAUACUUUGAGUCCAUUACCGAAUUCACAUUCGACACUUGCCAACGAUUCAUAUUAUCAAAGCAGUAUGUACCACGCCCCAACGGGGGCCACGAGCUUGUGACAGUAUCCUUUGGCCUAAGAUGAUAGCGGAUUUUAGGGCCAUGAAUAUUAUCCCACAAUAUCAACACAGUGCGCGUAAUUUUUGUAAAUAAUAAAUUUUCGAGAGAAAAAGACUCUUGUGUGUAAAUUAAUUUUAUAUAGAUUUGUGUAGAAUGCAAGCGUGAUGUGUUUUUAAUAAUAAAAGACUGUUUUCGACAAAACAUCGAACACAUUACAUAUGUGCCUGAUACGAAAAUUUUUAGUGCGCAAAAAUUGUGUGUGUUUACAUAAAAAGUCGGUUAAAAAUGACAGUUUCGA